CAACGUGUGGCCACAUACCACGAAACGAUUGCGGAGACGCCAGCAAGAUAGAGGAGGGCAAGCCACUGAACAGGCAAAGGCGACCGACACCGAAUCUCUGUCACCUCUCCUCGUGUUCUCUCUACUUCGGUAGCUAGGGUAGGGUUAUUGACUGCUUCAUCAAUGGCGACAUCGAAGCUACAAGCUCUGUGGAAUCACCCAGCCGGUCCCAAAACCAUUCAUUUUUGGGCACCUACUUUUAAAUGGGGUAUUAGCAUUGCCAAUAUUGCUGACUUCGCUAAACCUCCGGAAAAACUGUCCUACCCUCAGCAAAUAGCGGUCACUUGUACUGGAGUUAUAUGGUCACGCUACAGUACUGUAAUUACACCAAAAAAUUGGAAUCUAUUUAGUGUAAAUGUUGCAAUGGCUGCAACAGGCAUCUACCAACUCAGUCGCAAAAUACAGCACGAUUACUUUUCUGAGGAAGAAGUUGCUGUUGCAAAGGAAUAAUGAUGAAAACCUGCUGCUCUCUUUGGUCCUCCUGUAAUGAAGUCAUUCUGCCUUCUUGCAAGGCUUUGGAUAGUUUAGUUAUGAUUUGAAUAUGGCAAUUGUUGUUGUGCUUUUCAAGCUACAAGUGUUCGCCGUUGCUCAUUUCCCCUUGAAUUAAUAAUUUGCAGCUCAUCACGUCGAUCAAGAUUGUUGUUGUGCUUUUCAAGCUACAAGUGUUCACCGUUGCUCAUUUCCCCUUGAAUUAAUAAUUUGCAGUUUAU